UCGGUAAGAAUUGACCUUCAUCCAAAGUUUAAUAAAUGUCCUUCUCAUUGCACUGUCCAGAUUGAAGAGCACAGAAUAUGCGUUUGUGUGAGGAAACGUCCACUCAACAAAAAAGAGUUGUCCAUGAAGGAUUUGGAUGUGAUCACCAUUCCCAGUAAGGAUGUGGUGAUGGUUCAUGAACCUAAACAAAAAGUGGACCUGACCCGCUACCUGGAGAACCAGACCUUCCGUUUUGACUACGUCUUUGACGACAGCACCACAAACGAGAUGGUUUACAGGUUCACAGCCAGACCUCUUGUGGAAACCAUUUUUGAGAGAGGCAUGGCCACCUGCUUUGCCUACGGACAGACAGGCAGUGGAAAAACACAUACUAAGGGUGGCGAUUUCUCUGGGAAAAAACAAGACUGCUCCAAAGGAAUUUAUGCAUUAGCUGCUCGGGAUAUAUUUCUCUUGUUGAAGGAACCCAGCUACAAAAAGUUAGAUCUACAAGUGUACGCAGCUUUCUUUGAAAUAUACAGUGAGAAGGUGUUUGACCUGCUGGAACAUAAAGCUAAGCUGAGGGUACUGGAGGAUGGGAAACGGCAAGUGCAGGUGGUGGGGCUGCAGGAGAAGGAGGUCAAAUGCACAGAGGAUGUCCUGAAACUAAUUGAAGUGGGAAACAGCUGCAGAACAUCAGGGCAGAUGUCAGCCAACGCUCACUCGUCUCGCAGCCACGCCGUAUUCCAGAUCAUUCUCCGGAGGAAGGGGAAGAUGCAUGGAAAGUUAUCCCUCAUCGAUCUUGCAGGCAAUGAGAGGGGGGCGGAUACAUGGAGCGCUGACCGGCAGACUGGUCUGGAGGGAGCAGAGAUCAACAAAAGCUUGUUAGCCCUGAAGGAGUGUAUCAGAGCUCUGGGUCGUAACAAGCCCCAUACGCCAUUCAGAGCCAGUAAGCUCACCCAGGUCCUCAGAGACUCCUUUAUUGGGGAAAACUCACGCACAUGCAUGAUUGCAACCAUUUCUCCUGGGAUGACAUCCUGUGAGAACACACUCAACACACUACACUACGCUAACAGGGUAAAGGAGCUAACGGUGAACCCCAACCAAGUGAUGGAAGGGGCACGCCCCAAUAUCCGUGCUGUCAACCAGCUGGAUCUCUUGGAUGAAGAGUGGCUGAGCAUCUCACCACAAAGAGACGACCUUAAACUUCUCUGUGAGCAGAAUGAGUCUAUCCGGUGGCUGGAAGAUCAAAAGGUGCUGCUACAGAUGACGGAGGUGGAUUUUGACUUGGAGUCUCGCACCACGCAGCUGGAGCAGAUCUUAGAUCGAAAAAUAGAAAUCCUCACUAAGCUCCGAGAUGAAGUGAAGUCAUUCCGUUCACUGCAGGAGGAGAAGCAAGCCUUAUGCAAGCACGUGGAAAACUUGGAAAAAACGUGGAAAAGCACCAUAUAAACAGUAAAAUAUGUUGGUCUAAUGUUGUAAACAAGUUGCAACUUUGAAUUAAUAAUUAACUGUAAACAGUAAAAUAACUACUAGCUAAAGUUAAUGAACUAAUUUACAGUUUAAAAUGGCUCUGUGAGAUUUUAUCUUUUAUUUUGUCCAACAAAGGUGAACCAAAGCAGAGGAGAAAUGGUUCCUGUGCUUUAUAUGUUAUCUUAUCCACUAGCUAAUGUCACGGCCGGCAGGAUCGGCAAGGCGCUGAACAGCAUCACUCCACUCCUAGCCCCCCUUCUCUCCUCUUUUUCCUCUCUCUCCCCCUCUCUCCCCUGUUUUGCCGGGGCGGAACUCAUGGCGGGUUCACGCCCUUGGUCCACGCCUUCUUGGAUUGUGCACACCUGGGCCUCAUCAGACCAGCUGGUAUAUCAGAAGGAGGAGAUCAGCUGUUCAGCGCUGGAUUGUUGUGAAGGCUUCUGUCAGUACACACCCAGCUCAAGUUUCCCGUGCCUCUGUCUCUGAGACUUAACGUGUUCCUUUGUUCCUAGAUUCCCCGGACCCGUUCCCGUGUUUCCCCGUGUGGUGUGUGGAAGGAGUGACAGGUCGCUAGUGGAGAGGAGAGAGGCUGUUUGGAGCGCGAGUGUGGUUUCCCCGUUUUCCCUGGAGCCCUGCCCCUCACGUCUUGUAUAUAGCACUAACCCCGCACUGUCUAUACAUACACUCGGUGAAGAUUUGUAAUAAACUAUCUCUGUGUGAACGCUACCCAGGAGUCCUGCGAGUGGAUCCUCUAAGCAGCUCGUGACAGCUAAACUUGGUGCUAGUGUUAAAGGGAUUGUAAUUGUUAACAAAACCAAAGUUCUUCUGCAACAGCUGGGAUCUUGAGCUUCCCACAAGUGGCUAUUGGGACAAUAAAUUCUUUCCAUUGUUUAUAAGCCUGGAGUGAAAUGCUUUUGCUCUCCUCAACAGAUGAAGUGAAGUCAUUCCGUUCACUGCAGGAGGAGAAGCAAGCCUUAUGCAAGCACGUGGAAAACUUGGAAAAAACGUGGAAAAGCACCAUAUAAACAGUAAAAUAUGUUGGUCUAAUGUUGUAAACAAGUUGCAACUUUGAAUUAAUAAGCCUUCUUGGAUUGUGCACACCUGGGCCUCAUCAGACCAGCUGGUAUAUCAGAAGGAGGAGAUCAGCUGUUCAGCGCUGGAUUGUUGUGAAGGCUUCUGUCAGUACACACCCAGCUCAAGUUUCCCGUGCCUCUGUCUCUGAGACUUAACGUGUUCCUUUGUUCCUAGAUUCCCCGGACCCGUUCCCGUGUUUCCCCGUGUGGUGUGUGGAAGGAGUGACAGGUCGCUAGUGGAGAGGAGAGAGGCUGUUUGGAGCGCGAGUGUGGUUUCCCCGUUUUCCCUGGAGCCCUGCCCCUCACGUCUUGUAUAUAGCACUAACCCCGCACUGUCUAUACAUACACUCGGUGAAGAUUUGUAAUAAACUAUCUCUGUGUGAACGCUACCCAGGAGUCCUGCGAGUGGAUCCUCUAAGCAGCUCGUGACAGCUAAACUUGGUGCUAGUGUUAAAGGGAUUGUAAUUGUUAACAAAACCAAAGUUCUUCUGCAACAGCUGGGAUCUUGAGCUUUCCACAAGUGGCUAUUGGGACAAUAAAUUCUUUCCAUUGUUUAUAAGCCUGGAGUCUUUGAGUGGUUGAAUAACAGAUAUCAUUAAAGUUUGUUGAUUAAACCGA